AUGGGAAAACUGACGAAUGUGGUGCUGGCCGGAAUGAUCGCCGCGCCGUUCGUUAUCCGCUACUUCAGGUACACUCGGAUUUUCAGAGAAAAGGGCGAAAAUUUGAAUUUUGCAGAAAAAAGAGGCUGGAGGCGUACGUGCAAAUGAAACCGGAAAUGAGCGAAUCGGACGAGGAAAUUGAGGAGGAAAACGAGAAAUCAGGUGAGAAAUUACAAAUAUUUCACUAAUGGGCCUAUUCAGUCGAGCAAAAAACUGGUGCUUUGCCGGUAAAAAACUCUGGAAAAAAUCCUCAUAAAUAGUGAAAAAGAAGUGUUCAGAACGGCCGCAAGACCACUACAUCCGAAUUCCGUCGUUCGCCGUCGCCGCCGUCAUCGGAAAACGCGGGCAGACUCUUCGCAGACUCAUGUACGACUCGCAGGUUUGUUUCUUGAUGCUUGUACACUUUUAUGUUGAUUUGUUUUCAGACAGAGUGUGUGAUCCGUUCGUACACUCCGGAAGAACUCGACGUCGCCGAAUAUUUGUGA